ACAGUGUGUUUAUGUCAUAAUGACGAUUUUAAAACAUUUUUGUUUAUUACUCAAACCACCACUCAGAAGAUUUUGUGAUAAUAUAAUAUUAUUUUAUAACGACAAUGUGAUCACUUCAAAAGCACAACCACUUCACAUUCCCGAAAUUAAUCUUCCAGAAUUUAUUUGGCAAAAUUUAGAUAAAUGGCCUGAUCGAACAGCUAUUACAUGUUUAGAAACAGGCAAAAGCUACACUUAUGCGCAACUCUACAAGAGUAGUUUAUCAAUAGCUCACUUUCUUCGAGAUUCCUUAAAAUUGGAAAGACAAGAUACUGUAGGAGUAGUGUUACCCAACGUUCCUGAGUAUCCUAUAAUUGUGUUAGGAGCGGUUCAGGCCGGUCUGAGGGUAACAACAAUCAAUGCUCAAUAUACGUCGGACGAGAUUAGAAGACAGUUAGAAAAUUGUAAAUCAAAGCUUGUUUUUACUUUAUCUGCGUUAUUACCAGUGGUACGCGAAGCCACUACCAAUCCAAUUGUGGCCCUUGGAACCAAUACUGAUACGACUGGUACCAUUAAUUUUGAUAAACUUUUAUCAAAACAAGGUGAUAAUUAUAUUGAACAUGCCGAAGGUAACGAAACUGUUUUCCUUCCAUACUCUAGUGGCACUACUGGUCUCCCUAAAGGGGUAGAAUUGACCCAUUCUAGUAUAAUAACAAAUCUGCUACAACUUACGUCACCAGAAUUUUGCAUAAUCCCUCAAGAAUCCUGGAAAAUUCCAGGUUAUUUACCAUUUUGCCACAUUUAUGGUCUUGUGGUAAUUCUUUUGCAGUCAUUUUUACAAGGUGCUACGGUUAUAGCAAUGCCAAAAUUUUCGGCAAAUCACUUGAUUAAUGUGUUGAAAGAACACAAACCCGAUGCAAUUUUUGGCGUACCCCCUAUUGUACAAUUACUUGUCCAACACCCAAACAUCACAAGCAAAGACUUGCUUCCACUCCGCUUGAUCACCUCAGGAGCUGCCCCUCUAGCCCCCAUAACUAUCGAACAACUCCUUUCAAAAACCCACAAUAAAGUCAAAUUUUUAGAAGGCUACGGGAUGACCGAAACUUCCGCCGCUGCCAUAAUCCAAACUACUUUUCUCGAAAAUGGCUUUAAAGUUGGCGGCAGUGGUUUUGUUCUCCCCAACACUCAAGUCAAAAUUAUUCCAAUGGACGGCUCAACCUUGCAAGGUCUUCCUCGAAACCAACCGGGCGAACUCGUAAUCAAAGGCCCUCAAGUGACCAAAGGCUACCACAACAACCCCGAUGCCACUAAAAGUAUUUUCAUCGAUGGGUGGCUUCGCACUGGCGAUUUAGGUUACUUUGAUGAACACGAGCAUUUUUUUAUCACCGGUCGUUUGAAAGAAAUGAUUAAAGUAAAAGGGUUUCAAGUGGCACCGAGCGAGUUGGAGGAGGUUUUGAAGCAACAUCCUCGAGUGAAGGAUUGUGCCGUUGUGGGAAUCCCCGAUAGUGUUUCAGGGGAAGCACCCAAAGCUUUCGUUGUUGCCAAUUCGCCGAUUUCAGACAAAGAAUUGCAAGAUUUUGUAGCUAAAAGAGUUUCAAAGUAUAAAAGAUUGAAAAGUGUCAAGUUUGUUCAAGCUAUUCCUAGAACCGCCACUGGGAAAAUUUUGAGGCAUGAGUUGCAAUAGUCACAAAUAAAAUAAUGCAUGAUUUAUUUUUUUUCUUUUAAGUUCAUAGCCUUUGAAAAAUUCCGGGACGAUUACAAAACAAUUUUGCAUAUUAAAUGUUGUGAAUAAAAGAAUUGCGCAGUGAGGUUUUUUGUUACGUGUGAUGU